AUGCAACUUUUACAUUUUAUUGUUGGUUUGGCAGUUCUCAUCUCCGUGUGUUUGACGGCAUCUGAUGACCGUAUCAUGGGAUGGAACAAGGCCCACGGAUUGUGGGGUAAACGGUCGGUUCAGGAAGCAUCGCAAGACAAACGAACACCUCAAAACUGGAACAAGCUGAACAGCUUGUGGGGUAAACGUUCAUCUGGAAUCGCUUCAUUUGACGACGACUACACAAUGGACAGCAACGGAGAAAACACUAAUGAGGUGGCAAUGUUGUACAAAAGAUCACCAGCUCAAUGGCAACGAGCCAACGGACUUUGGGGAAGAUAA